AUGGGUCUUGAUGGGUUUGUUCUCAACGUUGGAUAUCCUAAACUCGACUGGGUACCAGAAACUCUGAGCCAUCUGUAUGGUUAUGCCGACGACCUUAUCAGCAAAGGAGGAUCGUUCAAGCUGGCUCUUUCUCUUGACCUAUAUGCGACAGGCGCAUGGUGCUACGACAAGAAGCUCGGAAAUGACUGCGGAGGUCCAAAGGAGUACGAGACAGUACUGAAGGGCUUUCUUGGCCGUGACUCCUAUCUCCGAUAUGGACCUAAUAACUUUCCCUUCAUCACCAGCUUCAGUACAGGCAACCAGACCGAUAAAGACUUCAUUGAAUGGAAGAAAUCGUUUGCCAACGAGAUGUUCUUCGUCCCUGGCAUUGAUGACACUCCUGGGUUCUGGGAGAGUCAUCCUGCCUGGUGGCAAUACUGGGGGGACAUCAUCGACGGAGCCAGUGUCUGGGAGUCCGCCUGGCCCCAGGUCCACGGCACCAAUGAAGGUGAUAUAUCCAAGGAUAUCAAGGUCAUGGGCCCUCUGCAGAAGAAGAGUAAAGUCUUCAUGAUGCCUAUCAGCAUGCUUCAGUACAAGAAUGCGUACGGAGCCAAUUUGUAUCGACGCGGUGAGAUGAACGUUGUGAAGAGAAUGGAGAACAUCCUCAGCAUGGGAUCUCAACCCGAUAUCAUCCAGCUGUUGACUUGGAAUGAUGGACCCGAGAGUCAUCACUUCGGUAACCUCUGGCCCGAACAGAACACCGAUGCCCAACCCAACCAAUACGCCAGUCCCGACGGCUCCGAUCAUACCGCCCUUCAAUCUCUAUACUCGGCUUUCAUCCACGCUUGGAAGAACGGCGGUUCGAUGGUCCCAGCAUUCUCUAAGAGAGAUGAAGCUAUACCUCAGGGUGCUUUAUGGCAUAAGAGCAUCUUCCAGACCACUACUUGCCCUGGAGGUGACUCUAGCGUCAAGUACUUUCAAGAACCAAAUGGCACCGAUGCUGGCCAAGACGCUCUUCACUGGGCCUUGGUAGUCCCUGCUCAGGCAGCUGGCUUUACCGUCAAUGUGAUGAGCAAUGGUAAGAGUAUCAGCUCCAAGGUUCUCCAGGCCGGCCUCAACUACGAUACUGUCGAGGACGGAAUUGAAGAAGGUACUCAGCGACUGGUGAUCAAGAACGGCGACACCAUCGUUGGUGGGACGGAUCGAGGUCGAUGCCUUGCUCGAGAAUGCCACGAUGGCAUCUACAACUUCAACCCUGUCAUCAUGCCAGUCAAGGCGGUCUUUGACAAUUCAGACUGUUGGCAAGUUGAGGGUGAGCCCAUCUUAGAUUGGACAGGUGAAAAGGUAAUGGGCACUACACUUGGCCCACGAGACGCUGAUCCUAGCCAUAACCAUGACUCGGCUCACAAUUCCAUCCCGUUUGACACAUUCAAAGGUUGUAGUAAGAGUCAGAAGGAAGAUAUCGUGCAAGCUUGGAGAGAUAUUGUUGUUAUUUUGGCCAAGAUACCAGCAUUCAAGCCAGGUGGUUUACUCGAGCAGAGGAACUUCGGGGCUGACAUUGCCGAGAGGACUAGCGAUGUCAGCUUUAUCAACGGUGUCUUUGCAAACCUCCGAAAGUUGACCACGACCGCCAGAGCUGGGCGAACAAUCCGAGCAUCCUGCGAAGAUAUUAGUCAACGUGGCUUUGCUGUUCAAAGUCGCUGCAGUAGCAUUAAAGGUGCUGCUGGCACUAUCGGUGGCUAUGCUUUCGACGACGCGGACGGUUCUCCUGGUGGCACUAUUGUAUUUUGCGGCGGAUUCUUCGCCCCAGGACAAGAACACCUAGCAGCUGUCCAGAGAGAACUCGACGCUGAUAGAACAAAGCAGAAGGAUUCAAUUUUCAUGACUGGUAAAUUCCGUCUGAUGAUUCAUGAGCUGGUUCAUCUUCCGUCUGUCUCUAACAAUAUCAUUGGUUCAGGCAAAGAAAGUGAUGUUGUUAUCAAGGAUCAGUAUAUCGGCGCCGAUCAACAAACGAACUCCAACAGGGUGUACAUGCCAGAAAUGGUUGAAAAGCUGGCGAGGAUGAGGACUCGGCGAUAUCUGACGCCGUUCAAUGCUGAUACUUACGCCUGGUACACGGUUGAGAGUUUCUUUACGGCUAUUUAUGGACAGCCACCCAAUGGAGAGUUAACAGGCCGCGACGACGAAGAUCCCACCACAACUAGCUCUGCUGCUCCCGAACCCCAGCCUACCGAGCAGCCUACCACGUACGACUGCAAGGGCAGCGGAAUAUGUAGUCUCAGUACCUUCCAAGUCAAGUACUGUGACCAUGCCAUCAACUCUCUGAUCCGCAACGACGACAAGAACUACGGCGAUGGUAAAGCUCUCAGUGGCAACUGCUGGGGUGAUUUAACUGGUAACGGAUGCGGCGUCUUUGUUACGGGCAAGGGGUGUGUUAUGAGCGGUAAUGAGAUGUGGUGGAAGUAUCAGGACUUAAGGGAUGACAACAAGGGAGGAUGUAGCAAGUGUGGAAGUGUGCAUUAUGGUGAUGGUUGUCGGUUUACUGUCAAUUAUCAGACCAACUGUGAUAACAGAUAA